CAGCAAGAGCUAGGGUUUACGAGGAUGCGGGAGGACAAUGUAGGAGCUGGAGCUCGCUAGGGAAGUGAUGACACGAGCAAGCUCCAAUCUCCUGCUGCCGCUGCUGCUACAUUGGAUCGCUGUUGCGGCGUCGGCGGUGGCGCGCAUUGGCGCCGAUCCGGACGUCGCUGCAUUGCUGCGGCUGAAAUACUGCUUUGGGAAUGCGUCGAGGUCGCUCUUGAGCUGGGAGGCGUCCAGUAGCCCGUGCUCUUGGCAAGGAGUCAAGUGUAGCAGCAACCAAAGAGUGAUGAGCUUGGAGUUGUCGGGGCACUAUUUGUCCGGGACACUGUGUGCUGACGUUGGGGAGCUUUCGUCUCUCUUGCAUCUGAAUCUUUCCAGAAACGCGUUAGUGGGAGCAAUUCCCGCGGAGAUAGGAAACCUUGUCAACUUGAAAGUCCUGGAUCUCCACGGCAAUAGAUUCGAUGGACACAUUCCCGAAGCAAUCACGAAACUGAAGAAGCUAAGAAAACUUGAUUUAUCAUACAAUCGACUUAGUGGCAAUGUUCCCCAGGGGCUCUCAGCUGAUUCGUUCAAGGGUAAUCCCGACCUUUGUACCUCAGAAUCUUGUUCAGGCGUUGAAGCACAGUCUUUCAGCACAGCCAUGCUGGCGGUUAUGGGCUCGGUGCUGGCUCUGCUUUGCUUUCUAGCCAUUGUAGGCGUCAUAAGGUGGCGAAGACGAACGACAAGAUCGUUCACCGAGCUUGCAUCAAGAAAACUUAGUCAUAAUGGUGCUUAUGAGUGUCCCACGGACUACUCUUUAGACGAGCUCAAGCUAGCGACAGCUGAGUUUGACGAGACAAACAUCCUGGGCCAAGGCGCAAGUGGGGUUGUCUAUCGAGGAAGAUCCAGUGGGGGAUACAACGUGGCUGUAAAACAGCUGAUAAACGUUGAGUUCAAGGCUGGUUUCGCGAAGGAAAUAGAGAUUCUCUCUCGAGCGAGGCAUAAAAAUGUGGCGGGCCUUUUGGGGUUUUGCAAUUCGAGAGACGACAAAUUCUUGGUGUCUGAAUAUGUUCCAGGUCCCAACUUGACCGCUUUCCUUUCCGGGCAGCGUCGCAAAGAGUUUGAUUGGGACAAGAGGAAAAUAGUGAUCCUCGGAGUUGCAAAAGGCCUGGCGUAUCUGCACUCGUCAGGCAUGGAAAUCAUUCACGGCUCCUUAAAACCAAGCAACAUUCUGAUUGACGACGACUUCACGCCAAAGCUAACGGACCAUGGCCUCUACAGGCUUCUACAGCAAACGUCGUCACAAGCACGUGAUGUACGCAACGCAGUCUACGAUCCACCGGAGGCAAGCACUGGAACUCUAAUGAGCUCCAAAGGCGAUAGCUAUGGAUUUGGAGUCUUUCUGAUCCAGAUGAUCACGGGACAGCCACCGUGGUUUCUCUUGGAAACUGUCAGGUCCGCCGGAGUUAUGCUAAGAGACUGGGUGCUGCAAACGUGUGAGGGUGGAGAGCUUAUCGACGAGGAGCUGAGAAAGUCUCCCGUGUGGGAAGUGAAGAAGAUCGCUCAGCUGGCCACCAUGUGUACGGAGCUACUCCCAGUGCUGCGGCCGCGAAUGGACGAAGUUGUCCAGUUUUUGGUGGAGGAGGUGCUCAUCUCCAACAAAUCAUCCGAGCUCGAUGGCCUGUUUAUCGAGCUGGUGAUGGACACGCUACACGGGGACGCGCAAGCUUCCGCUUCCGCUCGGAGAACCGGCGAGAGCCUUCUUCCAGGAGGAUGUACGUCGUGAAGAAGGAAACCAGCAAAUGAUUAUGAUCUAGAGAGUUUUCACAGUGAUAAUAAACGAGGUUUGUAGUGUGCAUGGGAAAUAGAAGCGUUCUAUUAGACUCUGGCGUGUACUCGUCCAGCGCUCAGUA